AUGAUGCGUGUCUUUCUACGUGCCAUCCAGAUUCUCCCCCAAAUGCAUCCCUCAGAGCCAGACGAUGACUACGAUCCUUACAAAUAUCCUGAAUUCUAUCUCCCCACCAUAACCCCAGCCCCUGACCUCAUCAACCUGCCUGACCCUCUAAUUCCGGAAUUCCGCCACAAGGACCGGGAAUACAAACUCCUCAGCCACCUUUGGCAUGUUCAGUUGGGCCAAAAUCAAGUACGGCAUCACUGGAACAUACAAGCUCUUCAUGAUUUCUGGCGCAAGUGUGGUCCACCUACAUUUGAUGGUAGACAUUAUGGCUGGUCACCGACCUGGAUUAUUGAUGCACUUGAUUCACUGAAGAUAGACCUGGAGAGGUUGCAGCGGACGGCGAAAAGGGUCAUGUUGAAAAGGGCCCGGAUGCGAGUGCAGGCAAGGCAGGUUCUAGAGAGUGUGGGCAUACAGGUGGAAGAUGAAGCACAGGUGAGUGAGGAGGAAGUGAAACUGGCUGUAGAGCUGGCGAGGGAAGAGGUAGGGGAUGGGGAUUGCGCGGGAGAUGAGGAGGUGAUGAUCAAGAAACUUUUGAAGGAUAGUGAUACGAACAGGGAAAGAAACGAGGCGAGAAGGGCAAGAUUGGGCGCGUUAAAGGAGCGUGGAAAACGGACGAUGGCAAACCGGUCAAAGGCAAGACUUGGCUGUCCCGAGAGCGAUGCUGGCGAUGCUGGCGAUGAGUCUCCUACACAUAAGCCACCGCGGGCACGAACACAACCCGUCACGCGUCCUUACCAUCCUGACGCCGAUGCUUCGGAGACGACCAAAAAGGCCGACAGCCUGUCACAUUUUCGGCAGGAAUCUGAGCCGAAAGGGCACAAGGAACAGAAGAGCUUGACUGUCGACUUUCAUUCCCAUUUGAUACAUAACCCUCUUACGAGUUCCUUGCCCAAAGGCGAAACGGCUGAUUCUGCACUCUCGAUGGACAUGGAGAUUCGGGUAUCCGAAUAUGAGGUUGAUUCUGGAUCGGACUCGGAACUGGAAAACUGGAGAGGCGACAGACGAGGUUGA